CGGAGGGCGGCGCGGGCGCGUUCCUGGCUGUGCCGGCGCAUCCCUGACUGUGCUGGCGCAUCUCUAGUUUGGUUGAGAAAUCCCUUGAAUGAGGGCCUUCAUGCGAAUCUUGGCGCGUUGCUGCGCUUUGUGCCCUGGUGAAGGCACCUGCCGACUCCUGCUUGGGUCAAGAGGCUCGUCCUCUUCAGUGGGAGCUUCAGGCUCCGGACAGAUCCUUUCCGGGAGCUUUCUGGGAGUUCAGUUAUGGGCGUGAGAGGUCUGCAGGGGUUUGUGGGCAGUAGCUGCCCACACAUCUGCACAGUGGUGAAUUUCAGAGAGCUGGCAGAACACCACCGAAACAAGCACCCUGGAAGUGCUCCUACCAUCGUGGUCGAUGCCAUGUGCUGUCUCAGAUACUGGUAUACUCCCGAGUCUUGGAUCUGCGGUGGCCAGUGGCGGGAAUACUUUUCUGCUUUGCGGGAUUUUGUUAAGACUUUUACAACUGUUGGCAUCAAGUUGGUAUUCUUCUUUGACGGCAUGGUGGAGCAGGAGAAGAGAGGUGAGUGGGUGAAACGGAGGCUCAAGAACAACAGGGAGAUCUCCAGGGUUUUCCACUAUAUCAAGUCACACAGGGAGCAGCCAGGCAGAAAUAUGUUCUUCAUCCCAUCGGGGCUGGCCAUCUUCACACGAUUUGCUUUGAAGACCCUGGGUCAGGAAACGCUGUGUUCCUUACAGGAGGCUGAUUAUGAGGUGGCCUCUUAUGGCCUCCAGAAUAACUGUCUUGGGAUUCUUGGAGAAGACACUGACUACUUAAUUUAUGAUACUUGUCCCUACUUUUCAAUUGGUGACCUCUGCCUGGAGAGUCUUAGUACUGUCAUGCUCUGUAGAGAGAAGCUCUGUGAGAGUCUGGCGAUCAGCCUAGCAGACCUUCCUCUGCUGGCCUGCCUGCUUGGCAAUGACAUAGUCCCGGAGGGCAUGUUUGAGAGCUUUCGGUACAAAUGCUUGUCUUCGUACACCUCUCUCAAGGAGAACUUUGACAAAAAGGGUAACGUUAUUUUAGCUGUAGCAGACCAUAUCUCUAAAGUUCUUCACUUGCAUCAGGGUGAGAAAAAGCUGGAGGAGAUGUUACCUUUGGGACCAAACAAAGCUCUCUUUUAUAAGGGUGUGGCAUCCUAUCUUUUGCCAGGACAGAAAUCUCCAUGGUUUUUCCAAAAACCCAAGGGUUUAAUAACUUUACCCAAGCAGGUAGUAUCCAUGAGUUCAGACCCUGAACCCAAGCAAGGUGUUCCCAUGUGUGCGGACCCCGAACCCAAGCAAGGAGUUCCCGUGUGUGCGGACCCUGAACCCAAGCAAGGAGUUCCCGUGUGUGCGGACCCCGAACCCAAGCAAGGAGUUCCCGUGUGUGCGGACCCCGAACCCAAGCAAGGAGUUCCCGUGUGUGCGGACCCCGAACCCAAGCAAGGAGUUCCCGUGUGUGCGGACCCCGAACCCAAGCAAGGAGUUCCCGUGUGUGCGGACCCCGAACCCAAGCAAGGAGUUCCCAUGUGUGUGGACCCCGAACCCAAGCAAGGAGUUCCCAUGUGUGUGGACCCCGAACCCAAGCAAGGAGUUCCCAUGUGUGCGGACCCUGAACCCAAACAAGGAGUUCCCAUGUGUGUGGACCCUGAACCCAAGCAAGGAGUUCCCAUGUGUGCAGACCCUGAGCCCAAGCAAGGAGUUCCCAUGUGUGCGGACCCUGAACCCAAGCAAGGAGUUCCCAUUUGUAUCGAUCCUGAAUCUAGGCAAGGAGUUCCCAUGUAUGCACACACUGCAAUCAAGCAAAAGUUACCUCUAGGGGCAGAUCCUGAAUUUAAACUGGAAGCAUCCAUGUGUACAGACCCUGCAAUUAAACAAGACCUCAUGCAUAUGGAGCCUGAAGUCAAACAAGUAACUAUGGUUUCAGACCCUGAAAUCUUAAAGGUGGCUCGAGCGCAUCACGUGCAGGCCGAGAGCUACCUGGUGUACAACAUCAUGAGCAGCGGCGAGAUCGAGUGCGGCAACACGCUGGAGGACGCCCUGGACCAGGCCCUGCCCAGCCAGGCCUUCGUGUACCGCCCGGUGCGGCAGCGCGUGUACGCCCUCCUGCUGGGGGCCGGCGCAGAUGGCGCCAGCCCCUGCCCCACCGUCAAGGAGUGGUUCGUGUACUCUGGGAACCCGCUGAGGCACCCGGACCUCGUCAGGCCUCUGCAGAUGAACAUUCCAGGGGGCACACCUAAUUUGAAAUCAUUGUGGCUGAACCAGGAGCCUGGAGUACAGGGCCGGCGCUUGGACGCCCUCCUCGGCUGUUUCGACCUCUCCUCCUCCAGAGAAGAGCUGCAGGCGGUGGAGAACCCCUACAAGGCGCUGUGCUGCCUCUUGAUCUACCUCUUCGUGCAGGUGGACACUCUUUGCCUGGAGGAUCUGCAUGCUUUUAUUGCUCAGGCCUUGUGCCUCCAAGGAAAGUCAACGGUGCAGCUUGUGGACCUACAGCUUGACUACAUCGACCCCCGAGCCGUGCAGCUUGGCUCCCUCCUGGUCCGCGGCCUCACCACUCUGGUCUUGGUCAACAGCGCGUGCGGCUUCCCCUGGAGGACGAGUGACUUCAUGCCCUGGCACGUGUUUGACGGGAAGCUGUUCCAUCAGAAGUACCUGCAGGCGGAGAAGGGGCACAGCGUGGAGGCGCUCGUGGAGCAGAACAGGUCCCGGCUGACCAAGUUCCACGCUCUGAAGUCGGUCGUGUGCAAGGCGUGCGUGAAGGAAAACAGACGCAUCGUCAGCCGGCAGCACGGGCGCUCCCAGCAGCCAGGCAGGUGGGGGAGGCAGGGAUCCGGCUCCCACAGGACGAGCUCUGGGUACAGCCGGGCAGGCCACGGACAGCACUGGAGGGACCAGGGAGCAGGAAAUAGACCCUAUGAACCUGACCAUUGGAGGAGAUACUCAUCCUCUUCUGGAUUUCAAGUUUCAUACCAUUGGGAUCAGAAACUAUACUUGAUACAGUUUCAGUCUUGUUAAGUUAGGAGAGUGAGGGACAGAGAGGGGGGAAAGAAUCAUCAAGCAUGAAGCCCAGUGAGUUGGCUCGAUCUCACAACCCUGAGAUAUGACCUGAGCUGAAAUCAAGAGGUGGAUACUUAACUAACUGAGCUACCCAGGUGCCCAUCAGUCUUGUUAAAUUUUUAAGACUUGUUCUGUAGCCCAACAUAUGAUCUACCCCGAGGAACAUUCUUGAAUGCUUGAAAAGAGUGUGUAUUCGUCUGUUACAGAUGUCUGUCCUGUCCGUCUGGCCUAAAGUGUGUCCUUAUUGCUUUGUAUUUAGAUGAUGUACCCAUUGUUGAAAGUGGCAUAUUGGACUCCCCUGCUAUUGUUAUAUUGCUGUCUACUUUCCCUUUAGUUGUGUUAAUAUUUUCUUUAUAUGUUUACAGACUUUAUCAUCCUUUCGUGGUUAAAGCUGUCAAGAAAGUAAACAUAAAAAGAGUGUGCCUCAACUUAAUGAAGGCCACAAAUGACCAACCCAUAGCUAGUAUCAUAUACAAUGAUGAAAUGUUGAAAGCUCUUUCUCUAAGAUCAGGAACAAGAGCAGGAUGCCCACUCUCACUACUUCUGUGCAGCAUAGUACUGGA